UUCAGACCGUUGAAUUGGGGAUUCAACGUUCAAAAUCGGACAACAUGUGGAAAUGUUUUUAAAAUAAAUAGUAUCACGGACUUUAACAUCAGCCACACGUACAAUACGUAUCGAGAUAUGAUAUUAGCUAAUAGAGAAAAACAAUGGCUAAUGGUGUUAUUAAUUGUAAAUUAUCGUGUGAUCAAAAGAAACCAACUUUCUUAUUUUCAAAAAGAAACAAAUAUUGAUUUUUGGUGAUGAAAAUCUGGUUUUGAACAAUAUCACUGCGGAGUGGCAAAACCAUAAAUUAAACACGAAUGAUUUAACGAAUAAAAGUGACAAAAUUUGUUUAUUUAGUUAUUGACCUUAUGGAUAUUCAGGCUGUGGAUAUUAAGCGGAUAAGCAAACACAAUCAUUUUUUUAACGCUGAUUUAUUAUAAUUAUAAAAAAAAUUACAUAGACGAUUCGACAACCGACAACACAAAUAUUUUAUUGCACAAAGAAAAAAAAAUAUGUCGAAAAUAGUUAGAUGAUUAAUUUAUCCGGUAUCCUUCUAUAUAUUAAUUGAGAACUCAUUUUACUGAUUUUUGCUUAUGUGGUAAUCAUAGGUGAACUCUUACAAAAUUGUUAUAAUUUGAUUGGUAGAUAAUUUUUUAAUUUUUUAAUUUUUAUUUAUUUUAUUUAUAUCUAUAAAAGGUAAGUCUAUAACCAAUUAAUAUCACUUGCCAAAUAAUUUACAUACUAUUACAAAUAAUGAUUUAUGGUAACUAAUUUUUUAAAUUAUAGAAAGAGAAAUAAAUGGAUUAUUUUCUAUAUUUAUAAAAUACAUAAAAUAAUAAACGACAAACUGUUUAUAUAAAUUAAUAUAAUGAUUUUAUAUUCUUAUUUAAAAGCAUUUUAUUUUGUGUGAAUUAUCAUAAUAACUAUUAACAUGUUCUAAAGUUCAUAUUAUAUGCUUUAUAAAUCAUCUAUAAAAACAUUUAUCAAAUUAUCUUGGCUUAUUGUAGAUUUUAAAUUAUUAUAAGAGUUUGUGGUCAUCUAUGAGAGCUUAUAAAUUAAUUUGUAAAAUUUAUUUAAAAUCUCAUUAUACUAUUUUACUAUAUAUUAAUUGAAAAGUGACGUAGAGCCUUUUUCUUAUGCGCCGAUCAUAUAUGAAAUCCUAAAAAUUGUUAUAAAUUGAUUGGUCGAUAUUAUUCAAUAUAGAUCAUUUUUUAUAUUUUUAACAUACAUAAAAUAAUAAACGAAAACAGUUUAUUUAAAUCAAUAUAAUGAUUUUAUAUUCUUAUUUAAAAGCAUUACAUUUUAUAUAAAUUAUCAUAAUAACUAUUAACAUCUUCUAAAGUUCAUAUUAUAUGCUUUAUAAAUCAUCUAUAAAAAUAUUUAUCAAAUGAUUUAAUGUAUAUUUUAAAUUAUCAUAAGAGUUUGUUGAUAAAAAAGGUAUCAUAAGAGUUUGGUAAAUCAUCUAUAAGAGCUUAUAAAUUAAUUUAUAAAAUCUUUUUUAAAAUCUCAUCCUACUGUCCUACUAUAUAUUAAUUGAAAAGUCACUUAAGAGAUUUUUUAUUUUGUGUUGAUCAUUUAUGAAAUCUUAAAAAAUUGUUAUAAAUUGAUUGGUCGGUAAAUUUUAAUUUAUUUUUAUUUGAAUUAGAUUUAAUAGAAAAAAUAAGUCUAUAAAUAGUUAAUAUCACUUGCCAAAAAUCUACAUGAUAUUGUAAAUAAUUAUUUAUGGUAACUAUUUGUUAAAACUAUAGAAAUAAUAAUAAUGUUUGAUCAAUUGUUUUAUAUAUUUGUAAACUACAUAAAAUAAUAAAGAAUGUUUUUAUUAAAAUUUAUAUAAUGAUUUUAUAUUCUUAUAUAAAGCCUUAUAUUUGUAUAUAAAGUAUUAUAAUAACUACUAAUGUCUAAUAAAAUUCAUACAAGCUUUAUAAAUCAUUUAUAAAAAUUAUAAAUACAUUUAUAAAUUAUUUAUCUUAGCUCAUCAUAUGUUUUAAAUUAUGAUAAGAGGUUUUAAGUCAUUUAUACAAGCUUAUAAAUUAAUUUAUAAAAUAUAUUUUGAAAUUUUAUUUUAUAUUAAAUAAGAAAUUACUUUAUUAAUUUUUUGUUAGGUAUCAAUCAUAUAGAGAGUUUGAGAAAUAAUAUUAUAAUUUGAUUUGUUAAUGAUUUUUAAUUUUUAAUUUAUUUUAUGAGUAAAAAAACAAGUUCUAGAACCAGUUUUAUCAUUAUCCAAACGACCUAAAUAUAUUGCACAAAAUAAUUAUGGUAAUUAAAUAUGUGAUUUGUAUAAUAUAUACAAUGCUUCAUAAAAUAAUUUUUAGAAUCAAGUAUUUUUAAACUAUAUAAAAUAUUUUAAAAGUUUCAGUAUUAUAUACCUCAAAAACUUAAGUAAUUUUAUUAAAAACUGAAUCAUGAAUAUGUUAUAUAACUAAUUUUAAUGCAAUUAUCAAUACAAAAUAUAAAAAAAAAUUAAAAUAGUCAUAUUUAUCCUUUUUUAAAAACAAUCAUUCCUAGGCGAUAGCCUCUGCUUUGGAUUGUAUUGGGUACUGCGAUCGGGAGCAACACUUCUGUCCCUGCUAGAUCACCUCAUCUGCGUCAAGUAGAAUAAAUUCUAUUUCCAUCCAUUCAUCUCUCUCCGACCAAGAUCCAUUAACUUGACAUAUAUAUAUAUUCAUUGCAUUGGAAAGUUCUACAAAAGCAUAUCACAAUUAAAAACUAAGAAUAACACACAAACAUUAAAUAACUAUCUCAAAUUUUGAUAAACUCAUCAAAAGUUUUUCAUUAUUUAGAAUUUUACAAUAGAAAUGCUCUAAAGAUCUAUUUUGUAACAAGAAAAUGUAUGAUUGCAAAUUUGAAAGCCUGAAAUUUCUACUUUUUUUUUCCCUGUGAGCCACAAGUAGUAAAAAAUAAAAGUCUUAAUGCAAUCUGAUCGCCAGCAUCCACAAAAAGUAUAGUGGUUGCAUCAUAUCGAUUAAAUUUUGUCAAAUUGAUAAAUAGUUACCACAAGGAUCAUUAGUAAGUUGAAUAUAUGUUAUGUAAGGUAAAACAUAUAACAAACUAAAUAUGAUUGAGAAAAUUGAGCUCGCUGCUCGUUACAAUCUAGACUCCACACACUUUGUCCAAUAUGGAUUAGAAAUGAGAAGAAAAACCAAGGUGAGUAACUUUUACAAUAUGGAAGAAUCGAUUAUUAGUUAUUACUAGAAACCGAAUCAUAUAAAAAUCAUAGACAUCUUUGACUUCACUUUCUGACUUUUCAAAUGGCAGAAAUUUCUUUUACGUUUCAGAGAAAUGGGUGGCCUAUAAUUUAAAUAAUUACUCGCGUGUUUGAACUGAACAUUCCUAGAUUAGCAUAUUACUACACCUUCCUAACUCUCCCGCCGAUGUUCUAGAUGGCACCGAAUCUCUUAUGUAAAAUCUAACUUGACGUAGACGCUUUGAUGGUAUCUUUCAAAUCCAAUAUCUAACCAAUAAUAAUCAAACUGAACAACAGUUAAUCGAUAUUUGGAACAUAAAAUAGCUUAAUUUUUUUUGUGCGCGCUAAUAACGAAAUGUUCGUGUAUAAUGCUCUACUUUUUUGGGUUUUAACAAAAAGAAAAGAAGAAAAGUCGCCUGAUAACGAUAAAAAGAGAGUCCAAAAAUUCAAAAAUGUUUUUUUGACUAUUCAGCUAAUCACUCACCUCUUAUAUUUCUAUAAAAACGUUUUAAACUUCAAACUUACUUCAAACUUGUAUGAAUCUCCCAGUCAAACUCUGUCUGCCGAAUUUCCCGGCAAAACCUUAACCAACCACAGUUACAAUAUGACUCUUUUACCCUUACCCGUCCUCUUCUUACUUUUCACCUCACUGCCCUUUUCUGUAAUUUCACAGAUCAACGAACGGUCAACACUCCUUGCCCUGAAACGCGGUCUGGGAGACCCACCGUCUCUCCGCCUAUGGAACGACACAUCUUCCCCGUGCGAUUGGUCGGGGAUCACCUGCGUCGAUGGAAACGUCACCGGGAUAAGUUUCUAUAACCAGAACUUCACCGCAACGGUUCCGACCAAUAUAUGCGAUUUCCCAAACCUGGAAGCUCUUGACUUGUCGUUUAAUCUAUUCUCCGGCGAGUUUCCGACCGUUCUUUACAACUGCACCAAGCUUCGCCAUCUCGAUCUCUCCCAGAACAACUUCAACGGCUCACUUCCCGCCGACAUCGACCGUCUCUCGCCACAACUCGAGAUUCUCGACCUCAGUGCUAACGGUUUCUCCGGCGAUAUUCCGAAGACGAUAGGUAUGUUUUCUAAGCUCACGGUUUUGAAUCUCUACAUGAGCGAAUACGACGGUACUUUUCCGUCGGAGAUCGGGGACUUGUCGGAGCUCCAAGAGCUUCGUUUGGCGUACAACGAUAAGUUUUUACCGGCGGAGAUUCCGGCGGAGUUUGGGAAGUUGACGAAACUUAAGUUCUUGUGGUUCUCGGAGAUGAAUCUGAUCGGAGAAAUCCCAGCCGUUGUUUUCGCUAACAUGACGGAUCUCGAACACGUGGACUUGUCCGCUAACAAGUUAUCGGGUCGAAUCCCCGACGUUCUAUUCGGGUUGAAGAAUCUAACCGAUCUCUACCUCUACCAAAAUGAAUUAACCGGGGAGAUACCGAAAUCUCGUUCGGCUACCAACAUUGUUAAACUUGAUCUCUCGUAUAACAAUUUAACCGGUUCAAUUCCGGAAACAAUCGGAAAUCUGACGAAAUUAGAGUCUCUAAACCUGUACGUAAACCAGUUAACCGGCGUAAUACCCCCGGCUAUCGCAAAAUUACCGGAAUUGAAGGAGCUGAGACUCUUUACCAAUAAGUUAACCGGUGAGAUACCGGUAGAUUUCGGUUUAUACUCACCGCUAGAGGCGUUCGAAGUGUCGGAGAAUCAGUUAACCGGGAAAAUACCGGAGAAUCUCUGCAAGGGAGGGAAUCUCCUCGGCGUGGUUGUAUUCUCGAACAACCUCACCGGCGUAAUACCAGAGUCGCUCGGGAACUGUGGGUCCCUCUUAUCUGUUCAGCUUUAUAACAACCGCUUCUCAGGGGAGUUUCCUUCCGAGAUAUGGACUGCUAAAGACAUGUAUAGUUUACAGAUUAGUAACAACUUCUUCACCGGCAAGUUACCGGAGAAAGUCGCUUGGAACCUCUCUAGGAUUGAGAUAGAUAACAACGAAUUCUCCGGUGAGAUUCCUCGGACGGUCGGUUCUUGGUCUUCCCUUGAAGUGUUCAGCGCUCGGAACAACCGGUUCUCCGGUGAGAUCCCGACGGAGUUAACGUCCUUGUCAAGAAUCAUAUCGAUCUUUCUUGAUUCGAAUAAUCUCUCCGGCGAGUUACCGGAGGAAAUCAUCUCGUGGAAGUCGUUGGUGACGUUGAGUUUAUCGAAGAACAAACUCUCCGGGAACAUUCCUCGAGGUCUAGGGUUGUUGCCAGGCUUGGUCGAUCUUGAUCUGUCGGAGAACGAACUUUCCGGCGAAAUCCCACCGGAGGUCGGGAGUCUGAAGUUCACAACGCUUAACUUGUCGUCAAACAUGCUCACCGGAGAAGUACCGGACCAGCUUGAUAACCUAGCGUACGAGACAAGUUUCUUGAACAACACCAAUCUCUGUGCAGACACACCGGUCGUUAAGUUACAAGAUUGUCGGAAAGUGCUUCGUAGAUCAAAGCAGCUGCCUGGGAAAAUCAUCGCAAUGAUUCUAGUCAUCGCAGUUCUGCUCCUCGCCGUCACUCUGGUCGUCACGUUCUUUGUGGUUCGAGACCAUACAAGGAAGCCAAGAGGAAGCAGAGGCUUAGAGACGUGGAAGCUAACUUCUUUCCACAGAGUAGACUUCGCGGAACACGACAUCGUUUCGAAUCUGAUGGAACACAACGUGAUAGGGAGUGGAGGAUCAGGCAAAGUUUACAAGAUACACAUCGGAUCCUCAGGAGAAAACGUAGCGGUGAAGAGGAUAUGGGACAACAAGAAGCUUGACAAGAACCUCGAGAAAGAGUUCAUUGCUGAAGUUGAGAUUUUGGGGACGAUCAGGCACGUGAAUAUAGUGAAACUACUGUGUUGUAUCUCGAGGGAGGAUUCAAAGCUUCUGGUGUAUGAGUACUUGGAGAAACGCAGCCUGGAUCAAUGGCUACAUGGUAAGAAGAAAGGAGGUGAUGCAGAGGCUAAUACCUUGAAUUGGGCACAGAGGUUGAAUAUUGCGGUCGGUGCAGCGCAAGGACUUUGCUAUAUGCAUCAUGAUUGUACUCCUGCGAUCAUACACAGAGAUGUCAAGUCAAGCAACAUAUUGCUUGAUUAUGAAUUCAACGCCAAGAUUGCUGAUUUUGGGUUGGCUAAAUUGUUGGUUAAGCAAAACCAACAACCUCAUACUAUGUCAGCUGUUGCUGGAUCCUUCGGUUACAUUGCUCCAGAAUACGCAUAUACCUCAAAGGUGGAUGAAAAGAUCGACGUGUAUAGCUUCGGUGUAGUUUUGUUAGAGCUGGUGACUGGAAGAGAAGGAAACAAUGGUGAUGAACAUACAAACUUGGCAGAUUGGUCAUGGAGGCAUUACCAAUCUAAGAAACCGAUCACAGAGGCUUUUGAUGAGGACAUCAAAGGUGCUUCUAACACGGAAGAGAUGACAACAGUGUUCAAGCUAGGUCUGAUGUGUACUAACACAUUGCCUAGUCACAGACCUUCCAUGAAGGAGGUCUUGUAUGUUCUUCGCCAACAAGGACUUGAGGGGGCUAAAAAAACUGCAGCAGAGGCACCUGAGGCACCUCUACUGGUUAGUUUGUCGGGUCGGAGGGCAAGUAAAAGGGCAGAAGAUGAAGAUAUAGGUUUUGUGUAA